AUCCGUACCCAAUGGCAAUUGCAAUAAUAGUUUUGUAAAGUUUCAUGUGAUACGAGAAUAAUGUAGAAAUGUUCCAAAUUUGUGAAAUAGUGAUAAGUGCAUGAGCUUGCUGUUGAAAUCAAAUCUUUUGACAAAAAGCAAUUCGAGAAGCAUUAAUUGGCGAAAUUACAUUACAACAUAUUUGUUUAAUUGUGAGUGACCGGCUUUUUCCAGUGUAUCUUGUCUUAACCUAAAAAAGAAGUUUUACCUAUAGAAGAAUUGCAAUUGCAUAAAACAUUAUAUUUUUGUUUUCGGCAUUUUUAAUCGACCGAGAUGGGAAUUUAAAAAAAGUGAAAUAUGAAUAAAAUUUCAUACGGAGAAUAAUAGAGAAAAACCUCUGAAAACCUUAAAGAAUUCUUUUCUGUUUACCAGCGUUUACAGCACCCUCUAAUAUGAUACCCUCAGUUAAGCGGAACCAAGUACCUAUAUGUCACCAUAACCCGGUCGAUAUGUAACGCCAAUCCACGCUUUAGAUGUUAUAACAGUUUAUUUGUGCUGAAGUAUUGUUAUUGAAGAUUCAAGCCAACGACAGUAUUGGGAAUAAAAGUAAAAUUAAUUUAAUUCACGUCGAAUUGCACACACACACGAUUUGCUUCUAUUGGAAGAAACUUUUGAGAUGGCAUCUGAAAAUAUUAAUCGGCAUACAACAGUAGCUGCUUUGAAAGAGUCUGGACAACCUAUUACCAGUACCUUACAGCAGGAAAGUAAUAAGGAUCAAAGUUCAACUAAGCCACAGACUCAAAAUCGACCAAAUAAUCUUCAAAGGAUACAGCAACGCAAGCAACAAAUGUAUAAUUGGCCUCAAAUCAAGAAAUUGCUGAAACUUGCAGCUUACAGUGCUUGUCAAAUAGAAGAAUGCAAAUGUAAUGGCUGGAAGAAUGCACAGCCUGUUGUAAAAUCGCCAAAAGGUGAGGUACAGCAGUCUGUUAUAAAUUUUGUAGAUCUGUGCAAAAUGUGUACUCAUCCUUUACAAAAUCAUAUUAAGCAUCUACCGAUUCAAUCUGAUGAAGAAAUUAAUAGAUUAUUGGGCAUGGCUAUGGAUGCAGACCAUAUUUUUAUGAGUAUACAUAGAGAAGAAGAUCCUGAUACUAAAAAAAUAUAUUUCUAUUUAUAUAAAUUACUGAGAAAGUGUAUUUUGUCUAUGACAAAACCGACAGUAGAAGGUCCAUUAGGCCAGCCACCGUUUGAAAGACCCAACAUUGCAAAAGCGGUAAUGAAUUUUGUUUUGCAUAAGUUUAGUCAUUCUCCACCAAGAGAAUGGCAAGUUAUGUACGAUAUGGCAAAAAUGUUUUUGCAUUGUCUGAAUCAUUGGAACUUUGAUGCACCUAGUAUCAGACGAACAACAAUUGGUGCUGAGGAAGCUCCUGCUUAUAAAAUUAAUUACACCCGUUGGCUUGUUUUUUGCCACGUACCUGCAUUUUGUGAUUCAUUACCACAUCAUGAUACUCCUUUAGUUUUUGGAAAGACUUUACUACAAGCUGUAUUCAAGCCACUUUGUAGGCAAUUAAUGGACAAAUGUCACAAUGACAGAGACAAGUUAACACCAGAAAAGAGAGUUAUGGUUUUAACAUAUUUUCCUAAGUUUCUUUCAAUGUUGGAAAUCGAGAUCUAUUCGGACAAUUCACCUAUUUGGGAUCCUGAAUUUAAGCAAAUACCACCUUCUCAUCUUCAAGCUGCUUUAGAAUCAAAAGGACAUCAAGUGAAAAAAACAGGAGAAUUUGAGAGAAUCACUGUCAUACCUAACGAGAAAGAUAAUUACACAACAAUAAAUAUUAGUCCUGGAAUGAGAAGACUUCCUGAAAAGCGCGCUCUAUCCGAAGGGCGGCCUGAUGCAAAGAAACGAAAAAGUGAAGAGGUUUUUGAGGAUCUUCCUGAUGAGACUGUUGCUGAAAUUGUUGCGACUAUCAAUGAUCCCAAUUACAUGUGUGGUCCUGAUGUGGUAUUUCCACCGGAUCUUCCAAGAGAUGAAACAGCGAAAAUUGAAGAAAGCAGGAAGAUCAUAGAAUUUCACGUUGUUGGAAAUAGUCUCACACAGCCUGUGUCCAAGCAAACUAUGCUUUGGCUGAUAGGAUUACAUAAUGUAUUUAGUCAUCAAUUAGUCAGAAUGCCCAAAGAAUAUAUAUCUCAAUUUGUUUUUGAUCCGAAGCAUAAAACGUUAGCCCUAAUAAAAGGUGGUCGUCCAAUCGGUGGUAUUUGUUUUCGUACGUUUCCUACUCAAGGUUUUACCGAGAUAGUAUUUUGCGCGGUUACGAGUCAAGAGCAAGUAAAGGGCUAUGGGACACACUUAAUGAACAUGCUAAAAGAUUAUCAUAUUAAGAACAACAUAUUGCAUUUUCUUACGUUCGCAGAUGAGUUUGCCAUUGGGUAUUUUAAAAAGCAAGGAUUUAGCAAAGACAUAAAACUAUCCAAGUCCAUGUAUCAAGGAUAUAUAAAAAAUUACGAAAGAGCAACAUUGAUGCACUGCGAACUAAAUGCUAAAAUUGUAUAUACAGAGUUUACGGCGGUUUUAAGAAAGCAAAAAGAAAUCGUCAAGAAAUUAAUUUAUCAAAGACAACAGGAAAUACAAAAGAUUCAUCCUGGUUUAACGUGCUUUAAAGAAGGUGUGAGGGGUAUUCCGGUAGAAUCAAUUCCAGGAAUUCGCGAAACCGGAUGGAAGAAUUACGCGCAAAUAAGAACAAGAGGUAUGACAAAAGGAACGCAGAGUUCGGAACUUAUGGAUUGUAUAGAUAUGUCGGAUUCUUUAUAUAACGCCUUGAACAGUGUUUUGAAUAGCGUGAAAAGCCACGACACAGCUUGGCCGUUUUUGGAACCUGUAGAUAAAAACGAAGUUCCAGAUUAUUAUGAUCAUAUAAAAUAUCCUAUGGAUCUCAAAACUAUGGAAGACCGUUUAAGGUCCAGAUACUAUGUGACAAGAAGAUUAUUUAUAGCAGACAUGACACGAAUCUUUACGAAUUGUAGAUUGUACAAUAAUCUUAAUACUGAUUAUUAUCGUUGCGCUAACGCUCUGGAAAAAUACUUUCAAACACGUAUGAAAGAGAUUGGUCUAUGGGACAAGUAGAAUGUCUUAGUUUCUCUUUUUGUGAUAUAUAAUACAAUAAAUUCAAGUAUGUAAUAAAUAUCUUUUUUAUUAUUCUUUUUUUUUUGCUAUGACAAACAGAUUAAAGAGAGAAAGAACUAAAAACAAAUUUAUCUAGACUUUUCCUAAGACUUGCCAAAUUGCAAAAGAUAAAAAGCAAACAUACUGACUGCUACUAAUGUGAGUUUUGAUGGCUGAAAAAAAUUUGUUAAAAUUGUAAAAGUUUAGUUUUAAUAGAAUCUCCAGAGUAAUAUGUAAACCAGAGCUUUCGAUACCCAUUAUCAUUGGCUUAUAAUCAUCUGAUAAACCAGUAACAACAUGAUCCAUUCCUCAUUUAUCUUCAAACUGAUGUGACAAUUGAUGCGCAAUUGAAAUAAUGAUAUUUACAUAUUCAGUCACUGGAUUGCACUUUUUAAGAACGUAGAUAAUAAUUAUCUUAAUAAAAAAACUUUAUGUAAAUCCGAA